UUGAAUCUCAAGUAUCUGUUAUUUUCGUAUCGGGUGGCACGAUAAUUUCGUCGCUCGAGCACCAAUAACCACCGAGACCAUCUUAGAGUAGCUUGAUCAUGAGUACCAAUCAACAUUGAGCUUGCCAGUGAAUACCGAAGCCAGCGCACCUACUACUUGGCGACCGGCCCCACGCGCAUCGAUGAUCGUGGAUUUGCGGAGUCGUGGACAGGCUUAGCAUUUGGCAAAGAAGCAAUGGCAGGAAAGGAGAAAGUGAUUCUGGCGUACAGUGGUGGCUUGGACACAUCUUGUAUCCUGCUCUGGCUUAUUGCAAAGGGCUACGAUGUUAUCGCUUAUGUGGCGAAUAUCGGCCAAGACGAGGAUUUCGAUGCGGUCAGAGAGAAAGCCUUGAAAAUUGGCGCCAAAAAGGUCAUAGUCGACGAUCUACGCGAGCGUUUCGUAACCUCGUACGUCUGGCCUGCAGUGAGCUCGGGUUUGCUGUACGAGGGCAGGUACCUGUUGGGCACCGCACUCGGUCGGCCAUGCAUCAGCGAAGGUUUGGUAAGUGCAGCGAGAAACGAGAAUGCCGGUAUCGUUUCACACGGAGCUACGGGUAAAGGCAACGACCAAGUGCGAUUCGAGUUGAGCUGCUACACGCUGAUGCCGUCCUUGAAAAUACUGGCGCCAUGGAGAGAACCGGCAUUUUUCAAUAGGUUUCAGGGUCGUCCAGACCUGCUGGAGUACGCUCGGGAGAAUAACAUUCCCGUGUCGGCUACGCCGAAGAAGCCUUGGAGCACCGACGCUAAUUUGCUGCACAUAAGUUACGAAUCCGGCGUUCUGGAGAACCCCGCGAAUCCAGCACCGGUCGAUUUGUGCAAAAUGACGAACAAUCCACAAGAUGCGCCAGACGAGUCUCUGGACGUUGAAAUCGUCUUCUCACAAGGAUGUCCGGUUAGCGUGGAAGAUAUCGCUAUUAAAAGCGCACACAGAACACCAUUGUCCAUCAUCGAAUUCUUGAACAAUGUUGGUGGCAAGCAUGGCAUUGGUAGAAUUGACAUUGUUGAAAAUCGCUAUAUUGGACUCAAGUCCCGAGGCAUAUACGAAUCGCCUGGAGGGACGAUACUUCACGAGGCACACAAAGAUUUAGAAGUAUUCCUGUUGGACCGUGAAGUACUGAGAUUGAAAUCAUACCUGGCAGAGAAGAUGUCUGAUUGCGUUUACAACGGUUUAUGGUUCUCACCCGAGUGUCAAUUUGCACGUGAGAGUAUAAGCUUGUCGCAGAAAUACGUGACCGGAUCAGUUCACGUGAGAUUAUACAAAGGAAGUGUUCGUGUGAUGGCAAGGAAAAGUGACGUUUCGUUGUACAACGAAGGUAUGGUAUCGAUGGAUGUCAAGGGUGAUUUCCAACCAGAAGAUGCGGGAGGUUUCAUCAGGAUUCAAUCGCUUCGAUUGAAAGAAUAUCAACGGUUUCAGGAACAGCAGAACAAGUGAAGCAAAAGAAAAAUA